CCGCCCCCGCCACAGCUCCUUUAAUACACUUUGGUUCUCCGCCUGGCUUUGGACUCUUCUUCUUCUUCUCCUCCUCCUCCUCCUCUUCCUCCUCCUCCUCUCUCCGGCUUUGCUCCACAACCUAAGUACCUCGAAGCUGCAGCUCCGGGCUGCGGGAGCAGCGGCGGCAACGGCGCGGCGGCGGAGGCUAGCAGAGUAGCUGGGCUCGAAGGAGCCCGGGGCUGCGGAGGCUGAAGCUGCCGCUGCCGCCCCUGCGGCUGCUGCAAUUCGCGGAGCCACCACCGCCUGAAGCAGCCAGGACCCGAGCGAGGAGGAGGAGCCACCCGGGAGUUGCGCGAGCAGCCGGGGCAGACUCCAGCGCCUCCUCCGGGGAUAGCAGCCCGAAGCCGAGCGGGAGCGGCAGUGGGAGCAGAGCGGACUGAUCAUGCUGCUGGACGCGGGGCCGCAGUUCCCGGCCAUCGGGGUGGGCAGCUUCGCCCGACACCACCACCACUCGGCGGCCGCAGCGGCAGCGGCCGCGGAGAUGCAAGACCGCGAGCUAAGCCUGGCGGCGGCUCAGAACGGCUUCGUGGACUCGGCCGCCGCGCACAUGGGCGCCUUCAAGCUCAACCCCGGGGCCCACGAUCUGUCCCCUGGCCAGAGCUCGGCUUUUACUUCGCAAGGGCCCGGGGGCUACCCGGGUUCUGCCGCAGCCGCCGCAGCCGCCGCAGCCCUGGGGCCCCAUGCAGCCCAUGUAGGCUCUUAUUCGGGAGCACCCUUUAACUCCACCCGGGACUUUCUGUUCCGCAGCCGGGGUUUUGGGGACUCGGCCCCAGCCGGUGGGCAGCACGGGCUAUUCGGGCCAGGGGCUGGAAGCUUGCACCACCCGCACACGGAUGCGCAAAGCCACCUUCUGUUCCCAGGGAUCCAUGAGCAGCACGGUCCCCACGGCUCUCAGAAUGUGCUGAACGGGCAGAUGCGGCUCGGGCUGCCCGGGGAGGUGUUCGGUCGAUCGGACCAGUACCGCCAAGUGUCCAGCCCCCGGACUGACCCUUACUCGGCGGCCCAGCUCCAUAACCAAUACGGCCCCAUGAAUAUGAACAUGGGCAUGAACAUGGCAGCGGCCGCCGCCCACCACCACCACCACCACCACCACCCAGGUGCCUUUUUCCGCUACAUGAGGCAGCAGUGCAUCAAACAGGAGCUCAUCUGCAAGUGGAUCGACCCGGAACAACUGAGCAAUCCCAAGAAGAGUUGCAACAAAACUUUCAGCACCAUGCACGAGCUAGUCACCCACGUCUCCGUGGAGCACGUCGGGGGCCCUGAGCAGAGUAACCACAUCUGUUUCUGGGAGGAGUGUCCUCGGGAGGGCAAGCCCUUCAAGGCCAAAUACAAACUGGUCAACCACAUCCGUGUUCACACCGGAGAGAAGCCGUUUCCUUGCCCCUUUCCCGGCUGCGGGAAAGUUUUCGCCCGUUCGGAAAAUCUGAAGAUACAUAAAAGGACCCACACAGGAGAGAAGCCGUUCCAGUGUGAAUUCGAAGGCUGUGACAGACGCUUUGCCAACAGCAGCGAUCGGAAGAAGCACAUGCAUGUCCAUACUUCGGAUAAGCCCUAUCUUUGUAAGAUGUGUGACAAAUCUUACACUCAUCCCAGCUCCUUGAGGAAGCACAUGAAGGUCCAUGAGUCGUCUCCACAGGGCUCGGAAUCUUCUCCAGCCGCCAGCUCGGGCUACGAGUCCUCCACCCCACCCGGGCUAGUGUCCCCUAGCUCCGAGCCCCAGAGUACCACUAAUCUGUCUCCGGCUGCUGCGGCAGCUGCGGCGGCAGCGGCGGCGGCGGCGGCAGCAGCCGCUGCGGUGUCCGCGGUGCACAGGAGCAGCGGGGCUGGAGGUGGCGGCGGAGGCGGUGGCAGCGGCGGGGGAGGCAGCGGGGGUGCCGGUGGCGGUGGUGGAGGGGGCGGUGGCAGCAACAGCACCGGCGGGGGCGGUGGGACCGGCGGGGGUCACAGUGGCCUCUCCUCCAACUUCAACGAAUGGUACGUCUAAAGGAGGGGCCAAUCUCCUUCUCCUAACCCCCCCCUUCCAGUUUUCCCCAAUCCAACCAGCCCUCAUCCUCCACCCUUCUGCAGAGAAGGGGAAGAGAACAGUUAGUGAUUGUGGAUGUUUCUAUCAUUUUUAUUCAUACCAGCAAAAGGAUUUAAAAAGUUAAAACAAAGGAUCUAAUCUCGAAGAGCAAAAACUUCCCUUCCAAAGUCUCUGAAACGAAAAAAACAAAAAACAAACAAAAAAAACCCAGCGAGGACACCCAACAACAUCAAAAAAA